AUGGAGUCACCACCAAAGAGGAUGACCCGUGCCCGCGCUGCUGCCAAGGCCAGCGAGUCUAAAACCACAAAGAUCGUCACAGCUGCCGCCCGGGCGAGAAGCACAGCGACAGCAAGCACCAAGAGCACCGCCGCUAAGAGAAAGACACGGGCGGAUGAACAUGAAGAGGAUGAAGAGGAAGAGCACCGUGAAGCCACCGUCGUGAGACGAGCCCGCGGUCGCCCUCGGAAAGUGGAAGCUCCAGAGCCAGAGGCACCUGUGAGAGCCACACGAGGCCGUGCCACCAAGAAGACUGUCACAGAAGCUCCCAAGGAGGAGCCUGCUGCACCUGUCAGAGCAACUCGGGGACGACCUCGGAAGGUUGUUGCUGCAGCCCCCGAGCCCGCUCCAGAGCCUGUGAAGAAGACAACCACACGCACUCGUGCUACAACUACUACACGGGCAGCGACGGCUACCAAGCCCGCUGCCAAGAAGUCUGUCAAGUUCCAAGAGCCCGACAAGGAGAAUAUCGAGCCUGCCAUCGAGGCCAAGGAGCCCGCACCUGUCGGCCUCCGAGGCCGCCCAGCCAAACGCGGCGGUGCUGCUUCGGGCACCCGAACAACCAGAGCGGUGGUAAGAUCCGCUGCGCCGACCGAAAAGAAACCAUUAAGUCCUAAGAAGAUUACUCAGAUGCCUAUUUCGAGGGACGACGACUCCGAGGACGAGCUCGCCGGCGACACCACCCCCGUCAAACCCUUGAUGAAGAACCCGAUCAAGCCUCCCGCCAACGCCGCCGCCAAGAAGAACCCGGAGCCUGUCGAACAAGAGGAACCUGCCGAGUCGACAAUUGCUGUUGAUGGCAUCCUCAACCCACCCGAUCUCGGUACAUCCUUGGUCUCUCCGGCCAAGAGACGACCAGCUUCACCUCUGAGGGACACAUUGCGGUCACCAGCUCGACGGAUUGGAGCAGUUCCCCUGCCCGGAUCAACAAUGAAGAAGGCUCAGGAUGGAAAUGCACAGAACGGAGAGGUCUCAUCAUUCAAGGCCUCGCUCCUUCAGUCUGCGGCAAAACGACCACAGUCGCCCAUCAAGGGAAUGAACCUUGCACCCACCUUUAAUGCUCAGCAAAGCCAGUCGGCCAUGAAGCCUUCCCUGCUUCUUUCCCCUGCGAAGCGUUCCGUGCCUGUCCUGAAGCCUCUCACUGAGCCUCGACCACGGGAUCUUGCUGCCCUCGGCGAGCCGCCAGCCAUGAAGCCCUUGGUCCUGGGAACACCUACUCCUGCCAACCACACCAGAACCUCACAAAAGCUCAUGCUUGAGGAGGAGUCUGAUGCCGACCUUGGUGUCGCCGAGGACGAUGUCUUUAGCGAGCCCAUUGGAAGCCUGCACUUUCCUGGCCGGCUGUCUGCCGUCUUGCCUCGUCAUGCGGAUCCUGCUAUGAAGAAGGAGAUGGGUAUCGUUGAUGAGGUUGAGGAGGCACCUACCCCCGCUGAAGAGAACGUUAUCGAGGUGGAUGCUAUCGUUGUAGACCAAGAGGAGGCAGCGGCCGAGACCGAACCGGUGGCUGAACCUACCGGGGAAGCUGACGAAAUGGCUCUUGACGAUGAGGCUGCCGAAGAGGAACAUGUCUCGCAGGCAACCACGCCAAACGGUUCACCUGCAGCUCAAUCGCCAGCUCAACAGAAUCCCAGUUUCCAGCUUCGAGAGAAGGACUUGGACCCCUGCCAAGACAUAGAUUCAGAGUCGGAUGAUGAGAACAUUCCCCCCAAGCGCGCAGAGCCAGCUACUCCAACCCCCUUCGACCGCAAGACCCCCAAGACUUCCCGAGCUUCUCUCGGAGGCUUCACUUCUCUUGUUGACCGUCUCGGUUCUUGGUCCGCUAGCACACCCAUCAAGAUGGCCCCUCUCACUUCCACAAAAGCCACUGGCUCCAACGAGCCUGUCGCCCUUCCUGAGCGAACUGCCACGCCCCGCUCCGAGUCAUCCCCCGCUGUGAAUCACUUCUUCGAGGAUGAGAUGACAGUGCGAGAGGGCAUGGAGAACAUUCAACAGGACAAGCUUGAUGAGGUGCAGGAGCCCGAGUUUGAUGACAUCAUGGUUACUGAGGAGGACGUCGCUCUGGCUCUUGAGGCCAACGAGAUGUCCUUGAUGGGACCGGAGGAGUUGGACGAGGUUGUCAACACUGAUGCCUUCGAUGACACCCUCUCUGAAGCCAGCCAAGAGUAUGGCGACGAGAAUGAGCUUCCUGUCGACCCUGCCAUGACCCCUCGGUCCGCGGCCCCUGUUACUCCUGUCCGCCCAGUGAUGAAGACGUUCCACACCACAACAAAGGUGCCUCUGAAGCCUGCCGACCUCUCGACCCCUACUCCUCUCAAGAAGCGCAGCUUUACCGCAUCUAGAGUUGCUCCUAAGCGACCCUCUGGCUCAACAAGCAAUACCAUCCCAUACUCGCAAUCACGAAACAGGAAGAGCCUGCCUGCGACCUUUGUCCAGUCUCCUUCCGCACCUUCCACACCCGUUCCAGCAACGCCUUCAAGGGCUGACCUGUGGUCUUCGAUGGGCACACCGGCACGCACUCCCCGACGUGAUGUCGACCCUGCCCUGCUCCGUGGCGCCGUCGUCUUUGUUGAUGUAUACACCAGCGAAGGAGCCGAUGCCAGCAGCAUCUUUGUUGAGCUGCUCACUCAGAUGGGAGCCAAGUGCAUCAAGACUUGGAACUGGAACCCCAGCGGUUCCGCCAGUGACGUGACUUCCAGCAAGGUUGGCAUCACACACGUAGUCUUCAAGGACGGUAGCAAGCGCACACUGGAGAAGGUCCGUGAGAGCAACGGAAUUGUCCAGUGUGUCGGAGUCAGCUGGGUGCUUGACUGUGAGCGCGAAAACGACUGGCUUGACGAGUCACCCUACCACAUCAACACUAGAAAUGUUCCCCGUGGCGGAGCUCGUCGUCGCAAGAGCAUGGAGCCCACAGCUCUGGCCAACAUGAACGGCACUCUUGUGAGCAGCCCAUCCAAGAGCAGCCCCCGUACGGCCCCUACAACGCCCAUUAGGCGCCGGGAGAGCACCGCAUGGAUGUACACCCCAUCAGAGGCAGAUGAGGACGAGGACAUGGAGGACCAUGAGUGGUCUGCGGCCAUCUUGACUCCUGUGCCCAAGACCCCUGCCCCUGAGGCGAUUGCCCGUUAUGCUGCCAACCUCGGCCCUGAAACACCCUCUGCUGGUGAUGAUGACGAGGAUUUCGAUGACUCGCCCACCAAGACUGAUCUCCUCACGAGAACAUGUCCUCCCAAGUCCAACGCCUUCCGCGAGGCGGGCGCUGGCAUCAUCAGCCAGAGCAAGGAUGAUCACGUCCUCAUGCGUCUCAUGGCUGCUCGCCGCAAGAGCUUGCAGUUUGCUCCCAAGGUUGGAAGCCCGCUGGCGAGGGCCUGGAAAUAG